AUGAGGAGAGUUUCAACAAUCAAAGAGCUGCAUGAUGGUACAGACAGGUGGAGAAUUGUUGCAAAAGUAUUUCGUAAAUGGAAUGUCUACCAGAAGUCAGCUCCUGCAGAGUUAUUUUGCAUAUCUAUGGUGCUUAUAGAUGAGGAAGGCCAUAAAAUUCAAGCCAGUGUGAUGAAUAACAUAUUGCAUGAGCAAUAUCGAAAUAGCUGCAUAGAAGGGACUACUUAUUUCUUUGCCAACUUUGUUGUGUCAUCUAAUGUUACUCAAUAUAGAGCAACUAAUCACCCAUUCAAGAUUAAUUUCACACAACAGACAUUCGUCAGAAUUGAGCCUAAUGUCAAUCCAUCCUUAUCUUUCUCUUUGAUGAAGAUACAGGAUAUAUUGAAGAAUACUGAGCACAAUCAUGUUGAUUAUCUUAUUGAUGUAAUUGGCUUUGUCAAGUCACUUGGUCACUUGGAGGAAUAUAGGAAGGAUAACGACAUAAAGCACAAGCUCAAGAUGGCGUUAGUUGAUCAAGAGGACAAUGAGAUUGAAUGCAUUCUAUUUGAUGAGUGUUCAACAAAUGCAUACACAUCCUACUUGGAGAACAUGGACUCACCUGUGGUUGCCUUAUUUAAUCUUGCAAGAGUGUCUUUCGCUGAUGAUGGAUCACCUCAGAUCUGUAGCUCAUUCAACGCCACUAGGGUUUACUUCAAUCCCAUAAACAAUCAGGUGAAGGAAUUCAUUGAAAGUGCAAAAGACAAAUCUUCACCUGUGCUGUCCUAUGUAAGCCAACCUGCCCCAACCCAAUUAUCUCAGCCAUCUGUUGCAAAUAUUUUGAACAAAAACAAGAAAGUGGCAAUUUCUGAAAUUCCUCACCAAAACACGGUCGAUCCAUUCAUUAUUAAAUGCACAGUUAUGAAACUAGAGACAAGACAUGGAUGGAUGUAUGAUGGAUGUAGUAAGUGUGCAGCUAAGCCAAAGGAUCAAAACGGUUCCUUAUAUUGUGCAACAUGCAAGAAGGCACCUGAGUCUGUGGAUCCAAAGUUGAAGGUAACAUACAUUGUUCAUGAUUCAUCUGGAAAAGUUUCGGUCACUUUCUGGGAUAAGUUAGCUGUCCAGUUAUUUGGCAAGACUGCACCUGAGUUGAAAGUCUCGCUACCAGAGGGAGACGAGUUUGAGUUUCCUGAAGCAUUGGAUAAUAUAGUUGGCAGAAAAAUGAUCCUGAAGCUGAAACUUAACGAGUACAACAAGAAAUUUCCACAUUCCAGUAUUAGUGUUAUUCAGUACACUAAUUGUGAGGACUUGAUGGACCAGUUCACUCAGGCUUCUUCUGAUGUUAGCACGGGAAGUGCCGGCAUAGCUGCUGAGGCUGUAUCUGAGACCAAUGAUGGAGAAGUAACUCCACAAGCAGAACAAACCACUGGCUUUCACUCAUCAACUCCUGAUCAUGUUGACACUGAUGACAAUAUAACAUUGUCUAAGCUUUCAGAGUGCUUGAAUCCUAUGCCAAACAAAGGCAAAAGAAAGGUCAUUGCCAAGAAAGCAAUAAUGUUAGAUGAACCAAGUAGCAGCAGCAAAAACUCAUCCACCGUCUCUACUGGGGAGCCUGUUGUCAAAGUGAUUAAGCAAGAGAAGAUGUAA